CUGCAAGAACCCGGCACCUCCUCUGCUCCAUUCAACAAUUCUACUUCAGCCGUACUUUUUGCUGUUGAGAAGCUCAUGCGCUAUUGCUCGCGAUAAGAAUGCCGCCAGACGAGGGCAGAAACGAUCCGCUUUCGCCUUUCUUGCCCGGCAGUACUGAGCGUCUUAGCGCUUCCCCGCAUAGAAAGCGGAUACGGGUCGCUUAUAGCGACCGGUAUAUACCAAAUCGCGAUAGCGUCAAUCUGCAGGCUGGGUUUAGCUUGAAGCCCGAGAGCUCAGCGACCGAUGAGCGAGUACCAUCGCGAUCAAGCGAAAAUGAGUUGGACAGUCAGAGAAUCGAAGAAGCGAAUCGAACAUUCACAGAAGUAUUACGUUCCGAAUUAUUUGGCGAUGAAGUGCCUUCAAGCGAGCCCGGUCGCACUCCUCCAUCACUAGGCGCCGAGUAUUCCGCCAGCGGCUCCGUCACCCCGCCCCGAUUACAUCCAUCUACACCUUCUACUCCGUCUCGAAAUCUGUUCACAUUCAAAUCUCCUUCUGCUCGCCGAACACCAACAAAACAGUUAAACGGCGCGACCCUCGACGUCGAAAAUGAGGUCUUCUCUUUGUCGCCAGUGCGCUUUCAAUCACAGCAAAUGCUUCUGUCGCCCCGAAAACAACUACGAUCGAUACCAAAAGUCCCCUUUCGGGUGCUGGAUGCUCCUGAGCUGGCUGAUGACUUCUAUCUGAAUCUGGUUGACUGGUCAUCCUCAAAUAUCCUCGGAGUAGGGCUCUCACGAUCCGUAUACCUAUGGAACGCAGUCAGCGGGAACGUCAGCAAGCUGUGCCAACUUCCAGAAAAUGAUGCUGUCACAUCACUAGCAUGGCUUCAGGAAGGAAAAUACCUGGCGGUCGGAUCACAUCGUGGGAUAGUGCAGAUCUGGGACGCCGAAGCAGAACGAAAACUACGAACCAUGGACGGACACACCUCUAGAGCUGGUUCUCUGGCGUGGCGGGGGCAUAUUCUAUCUUCCGGUAGUAGAGACAAGUCGAUCCUUUUGAGAGAUGUGCGUGAGUCUGGUUCUUAUUUUCGACGGUUGACGGGCCACAAGCAAGAAAUUUGCGGCUUAAAAUGGAGUAACGAGGACGAUAAACUUGCAUCCGGCGGAAACGACAACAAACUGUUUGUCUGGGACAGCAUCAGCGAUUCACCCCUUUUAAGAUUUACAGAGCAUGUUGCGGCAGUUAAAGCGAUUGCCUGGAGUCCACACCAGCGAGGUAUCUUGGCCUCCGGUGGUGGAACGGCCGACCAACGCAUCAAAUUUUGGAACACAAUGACCGGAAGGCAAAUCAAUGAGAUCGACACCGGCAGUCAGAUCUGCAACCUGGUUUGGUCGAAAAACUCAAACGAGGUGGUGUCCGCUCACGGGUAUUCACAGAAUCAGAUUGCGAUCUGGAAGUACCCGUCGAUGCGCCAGGUUACAGCACUCACAGGACAUACGUGCCGCGUGCUUUAUUUGGCAAUCAGCCCCGAUGGGCAGACAAUCGUAUCUGGAGCUGGAGAUGAAACGCUAAGGUUUUGGAACGUUUUUGGUAAAGGGAGGCCGGAAUAUCGCGAGGUGACUCUUUUGGAUGUUGUGCCCCAACUUCGAUGAUGUAUAUAUGGCUAUAGAUUUUUUAUUUCUCUUUUUGAACUUGUACAUUACUUGGCUUUCUAAUUUUUUUUUGGUUAAUUGAAUGUUUUUGGAGGUUAUUUUGUACAGAAACGCCGUCAU